AACGCCAGCAUGCAGAGCACAUAUUCUUAUCAUUUAGGAAAUCAAAAUCACCAUUUGCAGUUUGCAAGCAUAUUUUGGUUCUUCAUGCUUUGGAAGUAACAGUUGAAGAGAGGUGAGGAAAGUUUGUGAAAAUUGUGAUCGGUGAUUAGCUGCCACCUGCCUGAGGUGUCUUCUGAGAGGAACUAACCUCUUUGUGGUGCUAGAGCAAGGUCACUGGAUAAAAAAAAGAACAGAAACGAGUAAAGUGGACUAUGUCCUCUUUCAAGCUGCCACAGCCAUAAUGGAAGCAGUUGUCCGAGAGUGGAUUCUCUUGGAAAAAGGUAGCAUCGAGUCACUACGAACAUUCCUUUUAACCUAUGUCUUACAGAGGCCUAACCUCCAAAAGUAUGUUCGGGAACAGAUUCUAUUAGCAGUAGCAGUAAUUGUAAAACGAGGAUCAUUAGAUAAAUCAAUUGACUGCAAAAGCAUUUUUCAUGAAGUCAGCCAGUUGAUAAGUAGUGGCAAUCCCACUGUGCAAACUCUGGCCUGUUCUAUUCUAACUGCACUAUUGAGUGAAUUUUCAAGUUCAAGUAAAACUAGCAACAUUGGACUGAGUAUGGAAUUCCAUGGUAACUGCAAAAGAGUUUUUCAGGAAGAAGACCUUCGUCAAAUCUUCAUGUUAACUGUUGAAGUUCUGCAGGAGUUCAGCAGGCGGGAAAACCUCAAUGCUCAGAUGUCUUCAGUAUUUCAGCGUUACCUUGCACUUGCCAAUCAAGUCUUGAGCUGGAACUUUCUUCCUCCAAAUUUGGGCAGACAUUAUAUAGCGAUGUUUGAAUCCUCACAAAAUGUGCUGUUAAAGCCAACAGAGUCCUGGCGGGAUACUCUUCUGGACAGCAGAGUUAUGGAGCUUUUCUUUACAGUACAUCGAAAAAUCAGAGAAGAUUCAGAUAUGGCACAAGAUUCUCUGCAGUGCCUUGCCCAGUUAGCUUCUCUUCAUGGACCCAUCUUCCCUGAUGAAGGAUCACAAGUUGAUUAUCUAGCACACUUCAUUGAGGGAUUACUGAAUACUAUCAAUGGAAUUGAAAUAGAAGAUUCUGAAGCUGUGGGAAUCUCCAGCAUUAUCAGCAACCUGAUAACUGUGUUCCCUCGAAAUGUUUUAACUGCCAUUCCAAAUGAACUUUUCUCCUCCUUUGUUAACUGCCUCACACACCUCACUUGUUCUUUUGGGCGAAGUGCUGCACUAGAAGAAGUGCUUGAUAAAGAUGACAUGGUAUACAUGGAAGCAUAUGACAAAUUGCUGGAGUCCUGGCUAACUUUGGUCCAAGAUGACAAACAUUUCCAUAGAGGCUUUUUUACCCAACAUGCAGUUCAAGUUUUCAAUUCCUAUAUUCAGUGCCACCUAGCUGCUCCAGAUGGCACAAGGAAUUUGACUGCCAAUGGUGUGGCCUCUCGUGAGGAAGAAGAAAUAAGUGAACUUCAAGAAGAUGAUCGAGACCAGUUUUCAGAUCAACUAGCCAGUGUAGGAAUGCUAGGAAGAAUUGCUGCAGAACACUGUAUACCUCUUCUGACAAGUUUAUUAGAAGAAAGAGUAACAAGGCUCCAUGGUCAGUUACAACGACAUCAGCAGCAAUUACUUGCUUCACCUGGUUCAAGCGCUAUUGACAACAAAACGCUUGAUGAUCUGUAUGAAGAUAUUCACUGGCUUAUUUUAGUUACAGGCUACCUCUUAGCUGAUGAUACUCAGGGAGAGACUCCGCUAAUACCUCCAGGAAUAAUGGAAUAUUCCAUUAAGCAUUCAUCUGAAGUUGACAUUAAUACAACACUUCAAAUUUUGGGAUCUCCAGGAGAAAAGGCUUCUUCCAUCCCAGGGUACAACAGAACAGAUUCUGUGAUUAGGCUGUUGUCUGCCGUUCUGAGAGUUUCAGAAGUUGAAUCUCGAGCGAUAAGAGCAGAUCUCACUCAUCUACUAAGCCCUCAAAUGGGCAAAGAUAUUGUUUGGUUUCUAAAACGCUGGGCAAAGACUUAUCUCCUGGUGAAUGAGAAACUGUAUGAUCAGAUAAGUCUGCCCUUCAGUACAGCAUUUGGAGCAGAUACAGAGGGUUCUCAGUGGAUUAUUGGCUACCUCUUACAAAAAGUCAUCAGUAACCUCUCAGUAUGGAGUAGUGAGCAGGACCUUGCAAAUGAUACUGUACAGCUCCUUGUCACUUUGGUGGAAAGAAGAGAAAGGGCAAACUUAGUAAUUCAGUGUGAAAACUGGUGGAACUUAGCCAAGCAGUUUGCAAGCCGAAGCCCACCUCUGAAUUUCUUGUCCAGUCCCGUGCAGAGAACACUGAUGAAGGCUCUUGUUUUAGGAGGUUUUGCACAUAUGGACACAGAAACCAAACAGCAGUAUUGGACUGAGGUUCUUCAGCCACUUCAGCAGCGGUUCUUAAGAGUGAUAAAUCAAGAAAACUUUCAGCAGAUGUGUCAGCAAGAGGAAGUCAAACAGGAAAUCACUGCCACACUGGAGGCCCUUUGCGGCAUUGCUGAGGCUACCCAGAUUGACAACGUAGCAAUCCUGUUUAAUUUUUUAAUGGAUUUCCUUACCAAUUGCAUUGGAUUGAUGGAAGUUUAUAAAAAUACCCCAGAGACUGUCAAUCUCAUAAUAGAAGUUUUUGUUGAAGUUGCACAUAAACAGAUAUGCUAUCUUGGAGAGUCCAAAGCUAUGAACUUGUAUGAAGCUUGCCUUACUUUGUUGCAAGUAUAUUCUAAGAAUAAUUUAGGACGGCAAAGAAUAGAUGUUACAGCGGAGGAAGAGCAAUACCAAGACCUGCUUCUCAUUAUGGAACUUCUUACUAACCUCCUAUCAAAAGAAUUCAUAGAUUUCAGUGAUACAGAUGAAGUGUUUAGAGGACAUGAGCCGGGGCAAGCGGCAAACAGAUCUGUGUCAGCAGCUGAUGUUGUUUUAUAUGGAGUAAACCUAAUUCUGCCCUUGAUGUCGCAAGAUCUUUUGAAGUUUCCAACCCUUUGUAAUCAGUACUACAAAUUAAUCACAUUUAUCUGUGAGAUUUUUCCUGAAAAAAUACCACAGCUUCCUGAAGAUCUUUUUAAAAGUCUGAUGUACUCUCUAGAACUAGGAAUGACAUCAAUGAGUUCAGAGGUUUGCCAGCUUUGCCUGGAAGCUUUGACACCAUUAGCUGAACAGUGUGCAAAAGCACAAGAAACAGAUUCACCACUUUUUCUAGCAACACGGCACUUUCUUAAGCUGGUUUUUGAUAUGCUGGUUUUGCAAAAGCACAACACAGAGAUGACCACUGCGGCUGGAGAAGCUUUCUACACAUUGGUGUGCUUGCAUCAGGCUGAAUAUUCUGAAUUGGUUGAAACAUUACUGUCAAGUCAACAAGACCCAGUUAUUUAUCAGAGAUUAGCAGAUGCCUUCAAUAAGCUCACUGCAAGCAGCACUCCUCCCACGCUGGAUCGGAAGCAGAAGGUGGCCUUCCUAAAGAGUUUAGAAGAAUUUAUGGCAAAUGUUGGUGGUCUCCUUUGUGUAAAAUAAACAACAAAACUUUGUGCUUAA